GGUGACGGCGGCGACAACAGCGCGCGGGCCGUGGUCGGCCCGGCUGCAGCCUGAGGCGGCGGGUGGGAGGCGGAAGCGGGCGGAGGAUGGCGGCCCAGGAGAGCGUGUAUAACCUCCUGCCGCGGCUGGAGGAGAAGCCCGUCAAACCCCCGAGGUAUAUAUCAACAUUUAGGCCGUCUGUGAAACUUGAAAUAGAGCAAAGUAAAGCACAGUGGAAAACUAUGGGGCCAGCAAAGGUUGCGGUGCCAUCUCCAAAAAACUUUCUGAAGAAACACUCGAAGGAACCCACGUUACCAGCAAGAAAAAAAGAACAGGAGAGUAAGAAACUGCCUGCAUUAUCAGUACCACGGAGGACAGAUCGCCCAGUUAUGGGAAUUCAGAGUAAAAAGAAUUUUAUAAAAACAAAUGCAGUUGCUGCUAUCACAGGAUUGCCUAAAAAGCCUCAACAUAUUUAUGUUGAUAGAAGACAGGGAGACAAAUACUUGCUUGAAACUUCAGGACUUGUUCCAAAAUAUAUUAAAAAAAAGGAUUAUGGUGUUACACCAAAAUAUGUAACCCAGAGAAGUGAAGAAACGAAGAAAGCUCAGGAAGAAUAUGAAAACAGUGUUUUGGAGUAUCUCAAGAAAAAGGCCAUGAAACAGCUAUCUGAUGAAGAAAGGGAAUGUCUUCUGCAGGGGCUGAAAAAGAACUGGGAGGAAGUGUAUCGUGAAUUUCAGUGUCUUUCAGUAGAAAUAGACACUAUACCCAAGAAGCUGUAUAAAGGAAAGCUGGAAUCACAGAUGAAGCAACUGGAGCAUGACAUAGAUGUAAUUGAGAAGCACAAAGUUAUCUACAUUGCAAAUGAGUAAGGACUGUUUUUCAGACAUUGCCUCUUUCCUCCUUUUCUCUUUCUCUACCCUUGUCCCUCCAAGGAAAAAAACCCAAAGCUCAAAAGAAGUUGAAAUUAUUCAGAAGGAAAUAUUGAAGUAAUAGAAGUAUGCAGCUUCUUAGUUAUUUGUAACAACUUCUCUAAUUCUCAACUGUACAACUUAUUUUUUUCAAAUAAAAUUCUUAAUAAAACUUUAUAUGAACAUGAA